CCUCGUUUUCAUUAAGAGAUAAACAUGAAGUAAUAAUCGAUCUAUGUCACUGCAUAUGAAUAACAAGUUUUUACGAUGAAAAUCGUACAAUUUAUUGUUUAGAUGCAGAUAUGCGUUAAUGGGAACUGUGAUAUUAUGCUUGCAAAUAAUUCAGAUGUAAUGAUGGAUAAGAAACGCAAAGAAAUCAUAGGCCUAAUUCAAGGCGCGUCUUGCAAAUCAACAGAAAGUAAAAUUGCAUACAGAAUCACUUUUCGAAAUAUGACGGAGAAUGAUGCUUCAGUUUAUUGGGUUAAUUUUCAAGGCAAGGCAGUUUUCUAUGGAUUUAUAAAAAGAACCAUGGCUAGCGGCAAAGGCCUAGAUAUUGAUACUUACAUAACACAUCCUUGGAUAGCAGUGGAUCGGAAGAAAAAUGAACUGCUUGCUAUAAAUUUUAGCCGUAUCCUCAGACCGAUUUCUGCUCAAGAUUUCCUUGAAGAAGAGCGUAAAAUAGAGCGACUCAGAAUUAACCCAAAGCCCCAAAACCUUGAUGAUACCAAUAAUGAUAUGUCUUCAAGUGCCAACAGACAUCUUGAUGCGUUCAUAACUGAAUCUGUUCUGACAUUGGAGGUUUCAUGCUGCCUUAAAAUUUGCAAAGAGAUCGGAAAAGAUGGUAUCACAGCGUUAGAAAUUCCCCAAAGCAUCAAAGAUAUACUUACUAGUGUAUAUGAUUGCUGGCUUCUCUAAUCCUUUCAAAAGUGACAUCAAAGCAGGAGAACGUUAUGAUCAAAAAGAUGUACACCAUGAUUUCAGAGCAAUAAUCACAAGUUUGGAAAGCGUAAAUCAGAGAUGGAAAGGUUUUCUUACUACCUCAGGUUUUAAAAGAACAAAUCCAGCUGCUCAGCCAGUGCUUUAGUUGUCUACAGACAAUAUGGAUCUAUCCUCAUUAUUAUCCAGAAAGUAUAUAUUUUGACAACAUAAAUGGAUGGGCAAGUAAGUUGCAGCUGUAAGUUAACCUGUGCCAAUGAUUGGAGGCCAUAACCUUAUUAAUGCAAGAAAUGGAAAGAAGCAGAGAAAAUUGCAAAUUGCCUGUGGCUCUGCAA